AUGCCUUCUCAGAAACCUGCAAGCCACUGUAGAUCGAAUCCGCUUCAGGAAAUCAUACAUCAAUUCACGCAGGAGAGGAGUGCAAAACCAGUAGCCCCCAUCGUCUCUUCUCUUCAACGUCCAACAUCUGAUGAUUUGGACCACUUCCACGAUUCUUUAGUAAGAGACAAUAAACGCCUCAAGAAGAAUACCAUCGAACAUCCUAUGGAAUGGUAUUUGAUGCCCGGUGAUCUCAGUGAACCGAGCGUCUUUGCCCGGAUGUAUUUGUAUGAGCAUGGUUUAAAAUACGGUGGAAGAGAGGAAGAAGAUGGGGGCCACUUGAACGAUUUACAGGCCAGGUCACUCGCCAGAGCAGCACGGACGCCUGAAAAUACCAGUGAUGGUGACAAAAUGUUAGCUGAACUCUCUCCUCAGAUUCCUUGGAUCUCCGCUAAUAAAACACCGCAGCAAUAA